CGCCACACCCAAUAUGUCAGCGUGAGUAAAUUUUGUUCAGGAAAUAUGUGUGGUGUGAGUGUUUGUAUAAUUAUACCAUUGAGGAAUAUUGCGUGUGGUUUUGAAUAUGUAUCGUUUUAUACAUCUCUUUUAUAAUUACAAGAUUUUCUAUAUGAUAGUAACUGAAAUAAUUUUUCAUCGAAGUACCGUUUUUAAUGUUCAAUCUCGGGUUCGUUUUGAAACUUCGUAAUUUGUAGUAAUACUAGUGGUAGUACUAUUAUAUCAUCGAUACGUUUAGCCUUUAGGCUUAACGUUAUUAGUAUCACAAAUAAUUAUUCACUAUUUCAGUAAACGACAAGAAAGUGAUUAACGAAAUAGUUUAAAAAGUAAAACACGUAACAAUAAACAUUAAAGACGGCGAUUGUACGUAUAGGGGGGACUCGUAUGGUAAAUGAUAUAUUGAUAAUUUUUUUUCGAAUAUGGCUUGUUGUCUAAGCGAAGAAGGAAAAGAACAAAAAAGAAUCAAUCAAGAAAUAGAAAGACAACUUCGCAAGGACAAGCGUGAUGCCAGAAGAGAACUUAAACUCCUUUUACUAGGUACGGGUGAAUCUGGCAAGAGCACAUUCAUUAAACAAAUGAGGAUUAUUCAUGGUCAAGGCUAUUCAGAUGAUGAUAAAAAAAGCUAUAUUAAACUAGUAUAUCAAAAUAUCAUAAUGGCAAUGCAAAGCAUGAACAAAGCCAUGGAAAUGUUGAAGAUAUCGUAUAAAGAUCGGAAUAAUAUUGAAAAUGCUGAAUUAGUUCUGUCUGUUGACUAUGAAACAGUCACUACCUUUGACAGUCCAUAUGUAGAAGCAAUCAAAUCAUUAUGGGUAGACCCAGGUAUCCAGGAAUGUUAUGACAGACGUAGGGAGUACCAGCUCACAGAUUCAGCUAAAUAUUAUCUUAAUGACAUAGACAGAAUAGCAGUUCCAAAUUACUUACCUACGCAGCAAGACAUUCUUAGAGUCAGAGUACCGACAACAGGCAUUAUUGAAUACCCCUUUAUUCUUGACUCCAUCAUCUUCAGAAUGGUUGAUGUCGGUGGUCAAAGAUCUGAAAGAAGAAAAUGGAUCCAUUGCUUUGAAAAUGUUACAUCUAUAAUCUUUCUUGUUGCCUUAAGCGAAUAUGAUCAAAUUCUUUUUGAAUCUGAUAAUGAGAAUCGAAUGGAAGAAAGUAAAGCGCUUUUCAAGACAAUAAUCACAUAUCCUUGGUUCCUGAACUCUUCAGUCAUCCUCUUCCUCAAUAAAAAAGAUUUGUUGGAAGAAAAAAUAAUGUUUUCCCAUCUUGUCGACUACUUUCCUGAAUACGAUGGACCAAAGAAAGAUGCUGUUCAGGGAAGGGAAUUCAUCUUGAAAAUGUUUGUGGACCUCAACCCAGACAGUGAAAAAAUCAUCUAUUCUCACUUCACAUGUGCAACAGACACUGAAAACAUACGAUUUGUAUUUGCUGCUGUUAAGGACACCAUCUUGCAGCUAAAUCUCAAGGAAUACAACCUGGUGUAGGAAAGGGACCAUCUAGCAAGAAAAAUCCAUGUUAUUAAUAGGUGAAAACUGGGCAGGAAGUUCAGAAUAAACACCUGUACACAUCGGUUGUCAUCGUGUUUUAAACCUCGCACCAGAGAUCAUUCAAACCACGAAUUUCAUACAAGCCUCUCGUUGCGUCUUCAACUUCACGAUGAAAAUGCAUCUAGUAGACAUUCAAAGUCAUUUAUCUUCCCAACAAACAGAGUUGAAGACUCGCUUUGAGGCUGGUAACAUGUGUCCCCCCCCCCUCCUUAACUGUAUGAAUGUUACAGCAGCUACAAAAAAGUCAACUUAUUUUUUUAAUGUAGAAUAUAAUGGUAACAGUUGUUUUGAGUUAAAAAUAAGCAAAAUAAAAAUAUUGUAGUUCUUGCUCUUUUCCAGAUGAUUAUUUUCGUUUUUGAGAUUUUUAGAGAUUAUGUAGUUGAGUGCAUAAACUUAACCCUAACUGUGUGACAACUCUUUGUAUUGUUUUUAAAUAUUUUGAUUUAUAUGUAAGUAAAAAAAAAACAUAAAUUUAAAACUUUGAGUAAUGUAACAUACCCAUUUUUUAUUAUUAAAUUUACAGCGAGAUAGUCGCAGAUUGUCUGAACAAUUUUCCAAGGAAAUUUUGCUUAUUUUGUUCUGCAGGCUGUAGAGUUUUUGAUUAGAUGUGUAUUCAUAGUUAAAGGCAUUUUGUAGGUAGCUUAAUAUCUUUUAUUUUAUGAGGAAAAUAGUAAUUCAUCAGUUUUAAAGGUGAUAAAUUAUUGGGUUGAAUUAAAAUUAUCAUACAAAUUAGGUAUAGUGUUUAAAGACAUAGAUUAAAAAUUAAAAUUGAAACGUUCUUUUAUAAAUUUUGAGUUGAGUGUCAGGUAUUAUCAUUGAAUUUUGCAUUUGUUGUUUUUAAUAUACAUAGUUCAUCAAGAAAAGGAAGAGAAGUACAGAAAAUUGAAUUUUUGUAACAUUAGGCUUUUUCCAAUACUAGUAAAGAAUAACAUUUAUAUCGGAAAUUUUUCGUUGCUUAAAGUUUAUAUUUGUGAGCAGAAUAACGAGGCAGGAAAUAAAUUAGUAGAAAACUAUGUCCAUGGUGAGAUUUUUCAUGAUGAAAAUUGUGCAAAGUUUUAGAAAACUAAAGAUUUAUUUUUAACACCACUAUUUUCUCUUCAGAUUCUACAAUGUCCUUUAACUUUGUCUACGGGUACAUUGUAUUAGGCUACAAAAUAAAAAAUGCAAGGUCAUGAUAAAGAUAAAAAUGUUUUAUUUCUUUUUAAACACUUAAGAAUUAAAAAUUAUGGCUUUUAAACAUGGAGAAAAAUGUUACUACAUUUGCUUCAAGAAAUUAUGGAAAUAUAUUUCCAAUAUCGUAUCACACGAGCCUUCAUCCCAUAAGACAAGCACCAUAUUUAAAUAUGCUGACUCCUCUGCUUGAGAUUCACAUCAAAUAUAAUUCAUUUGGUAUUUCCACAGUUAAGUUGUGAGUUUUCUAAAUCCUAUCCUAGAUAGACGAUUCAGUGCUCUACCGAUUGUAUUUUCCAUUAAUUUACACCUCUUACUAAAAUAAAAACAGUACUUUCCUUCAGGUGUGGGUUGGCCCUGUGAUAGAGCUCUGGAUUUCAGGUUCAAAUCCAUGCUAUACCAUAAAAUGUCUGCCACACUUUAAAUUGUGUUUUUUUUUAUUUUUACACUAACAAUGUUACCCUAAUUGGUUGGUGGUAGGGUACUGCUGACUGUCUGUCUUCCGUUUGGUUGCAAGAAUCUGCCAUCUGUACGUGUAGACGUGCACACAUGAUAUUUCUACAUGGACAGAAUCAUUCUGAUAGGUUUGAAAGUUCCACUGCAAAAGAAUCCAUUACACUAUCUUGAAAGGACUAAGUACUUGAGGUCAUAGAGCCUAUGUUGUUCUACGUGUACUCAGUUUAUGAUAUGUUUUAUGCACUAAUACAUCUUGAAAGUAAAACAUUUUUCGGAAAUAUAUUUAAUUCCAAUCUUUCAAGUUACAACCGGGUAAAACAAGUGCUUUGCUAAUAGAAUUACACCACUAGGGAUGCCACCAUGUAGAUUAAACGUAACAUAGUAAAGAGCAGUGUUUUCUCAAACUAAAUAUCGGGUAACUGAAACAUUCAAGGUCUCUUGAAGAUUUUGUUUGUAUUACAAUGUAAAAAUAUGUAGCUCUACCAGUAAAUCUUUUUGUAUCCUGAAAGAAGUAUUAAGUCUUUCAUAUAGAGUACCGAAUUAAUAAUAUUUUUCAUUUUAGUAAUACAUUAAAUGUGUCUAAAAUUCAUAAUAUAAAAAUUAUAUAUAUAUAAAAUUAUUGUUUUAAAUGAGAAUUUUUAUAGUUAAAUGUAUUUCAAACUUCAACCUCAGUUGUUAAACUAACAAGACAAACUCAAUGUGGUUACAAGGCUAUUCGUGCCUAAGGGUGUCGUAUAGAAGUUUCAACAAUGUGUAUUCUGCAUUUGAUAAUGGUUUAUGACAGUUGUAUGUGCAUUAAAAACGUUGGCUAUCUAAACAAGUUUUGGAUUAUACAUUAAAGAAAAUUAUUGUCUUCCAGUUGGUAAUUAUUAUUUAGCUUUAAAAAGUAAAACAUUUUCAAGCUGUGUGUUUUUUGUAACGAGAAUUACCGUUGUUUAGUUUCACUGUAUCAAAAUGAAGUUUACGAAUUAGAAAUUAAAUAAGAAUUGAGCUUUAAUAACAACUGAAAUUGAAAUUAAAUCUGUAUGUUGUUUAAUUUUUACACUGACCUUAAACUGUAAAUGUUUAAUUUCCAGUACUCGCAAUAAUGUAUUUUCUCAUAUUUCCUUCAUUCUUAUCUUUACUAAAUGCUCUAAAAAUAUAAUCAAGUUUAAUCAAAAGUUUAUAUGAUCAUUUAUUGUCUUUCUCUAUAAAUCUGUUAUUUGAAUUGUAGAAAUACUAAUUUAUAAACUAUUUAAUAAAUUGUAUUGUUUAUUACUGUAAACAGCAACGUGAUGUACGGGGUGUCUGGUUAUUAUGUUAAUAAAGUUGUUUACUUUUUGUUUCAGAGGUUUGUAAAUAUAAUUUCUAAACACCCUGUACAUACAUAGGGUAAAUUACGUAUCCAUUGUGUUAUGAACUGUGUUAUCAAACUAUAUGUUUACUUGUCGACCAUUGUAUCCAGUAUUGUACUUCUACGAUUCACAUGCAGUCACAGUGCUUUUGUUAUACGAUAGAGUGGCCUAGGAAGCUGUAACCACACCUUUGGCAUUAAAGCCUAGUGCUUCCAAGCAAGUCCUAGAAUGUCCACUAGAAGAAAAA